AUGCCGCACAGCUCCCGACCAAAACGACCAACCAACCCAAAACGCACCUCCGUGACCGACACGGACGGCUGGACCCACGUCACAAACGGCAGCAACGUGCGGCGCGCAAUGCGACAGAAAACCCAGCCGGAGCCCACCCUCGUCCCCGCAGAAGCCCCCGGGCGCCUCACACUAUCAGACCUCCAGACCCAGUUCUCCGCGCACCGCGAAAGGUGGGAGUCAUCGGAGAGCUGGGCAAAGGUAGCGGGGGUCCUGCGGGAGAGACUGGAGCAGAGACCGGCGCGAGCGGUCGAUGCGAUUGUCUGCAUCGGGCUCGGGAGCCCGAGUGGGUUUUUGCGUGAUGGGUGGGUGGACAGGCGGGCUGUCUCGUUAUAUCAGCUUGCUGCGCUUGUCUGUAUUAAGGAUCAGGUAGAGGCGACCUCUACUUCGCCAUUCAAAAUCUACGCGCAAGACCCCGUCUUCAAUACGCUUGACGAAUCGCUCUUGGCGGGGCUGGAUAUCACGGUCCUCAGUCACCCGGAGGGAUUCUCGCACAUCACGCAAGACUCGAUGCUUUUCUGUCCCGGCGCGGAGCGGCAGCAUCUCGAGCUGCUGCUUCCGUCGAAGCCGUGGCUGCUCUUUGGUGGGCCGUUGGAGCAUGCGGAUGCCGGUGGUGUGCUGCAGAGCUAUGUGCGUGAUACAGAUUCGUAUUGUGUGCCGCCCUUUGAGGCGCUCGAGCAUGCAUUUUGGAAUAUGAGGCUUUACUGGACUGGGGAGAAGGGUGAGGAGUGA